UCGAGCGUCGACCCGUCGGGCGUCGGUUCUUCUGUACGGCUCACACUUUGGUUAACAAUUACGAGUUACAAUCCUUGUUUUAUAGUUCUAACGAAACGACAUGGGUAGCCGGGCGUUGGUCAUGUCGACCAUCGCCCGGUUGCCAGUUCGAGUCUUUGUUUCAUAUUUUUCUGUUCUUGCACUCCGCCUGACUGGUUGUGGUUCAACGUCGAGUUCUGUUGCACAUCGUAAUAUUGACAUGCAACGACCACCGCCUCUUUAGUAAGUAUAUCAUUUCUUUUCUACGUUUGGCUAUAAUACCGCGUGUGCAUUCCGACUGUUCUGAAACCAACAACGCAGUUUCCGAAUGUAUUACGCACGAGCAGUUCUCAUUCCGUGUAAAUGUGGAUCAGCGUGUUCAACUGUCGUUCGUGAAUUCCGAAAUUCUCGUUCCACGCUAUCCGUUGAUAAACUUGACAAUAUCAACAAUGCUCACUGAACCAAUAUCGUGUCAAUUAUCCAUUGACGCGUGGUUGCCAAUAUAUGUAUGGAAACCAAAGAAAAUUCAGGGGUAUACAUCUCGUUUAUGAUCCAACCUCAUUUUUCAAAUUUUUUUUUUUCAAAAUCUGAGUUUUUAGCUGUACAUUAAGAUUCUAAAAAAAUGUUUGAUCAUCUUCGUUUGGAACUUAAGAGGGAAAACUUCAUGAGACUCUGGUUUUUCGUUUCACAUAUUCUUAGUGAGAAUUAGACAUUAUCAAAUUAUUUUUUUUUUUUCAAAGUGUGUAAUUUUAAUGAAUCCAUUGGUAUAAUCAAAACUUGCCUAUCAUACCUACUUGUAUAGUUAUUGUACCUAAACCUUGAUAAAUAGCAUUUUUGGAAUUGAUCCAAAAUGUGGUCGAAAAAUAGAAAUUUUUUUAUUAUUAUUAUUAUUAUGAUUUGUAGUUAUUGAUAUUUUUAUAACUAAGUUUUUUUUAUUGAAGUCUGAAUAAGUUUAUCUUGCUUAGAUUUAAAAUUACAAACGUUCCUACCCUAGUGACCUCGUCUUUGGUUAUACCCGGAAUGCUUUUUCACUUUUCCCUAUUACCUACCCGACGUAGUUUAGCACAACUAAUCGAGUUAUUUUUGAUAAAAAUUGUCCAAGUGAGCACGGCGAAGCAACGCGUUUAAAAACGAAAUUUUUAAUGUUAGUAUCAUGUUGUAUCUAUGUCAAGUUAUUAAACAUUUCUUAAUCAAAACAAAUUUUGCCGAUUGCUUGAUUUUUCAUUUGAUUUUAUUGUCUAAUUUCUUAUAAACCAUAUUUUCAAUUAUUCUGCAGUUUACUAAUAACAUACUAUUAAUACAACUACUAUUUAUUAGUAAAAUUUUCACUCCCCAGUUACCAUCCAAUUUGUUCACUAGUUUAGAACGUUUAUUGGGUGAUACAUUAAAUUCUGAGUUAUCAUAACUAUUAUUUUGUAUAAUCUAACAAGAUAGUAAUGCGAUUUUAGAAAGAAUCGUUAAAUUUAUUAUACAAGUAGCACUAUUGGUGUUAAAUUUUAUUGAUUGGGUUUUAAAUGUUCACUCCCCAGCUUCCCUCUAAGUUGUUUACUAGUUGAGGACGUUUAGUGAGUGAUAAAUUAAAUUCUGAAUUAUCGUAACUAUUAUUUUGUAUAAUCUAACAAGAUAUUACUGCAAUUUUAGAAACAAUCAUUGAAUUUAUUAUUCAAGUAUUUAUUGUACAAUACAAGUAUUGGUGUUAACUUUUAUUGAUUAGGUUUAAAAUAUUCACUUUUAAGUAGCUUUUUGAUAUAGUAGACUUGUUCCAAUUCUGGUUAUACUAGCCAAUCCAUUGAAGGAUUUAGUAAAUAUUAAAUUCAACUAGUCUAUUGGAAUUAUUGUACCCAUAGUCGGUAAAUGAUCAUGAAACGGAAAAAGGAUCCUUAAAAGCAUUAUAAAUGUGGCAAACAAAUUCAAUGAAAACAAUACACUUGGUCAUAGGUCACUAUGGUUAUAGGUAUCCUGAGUUUACAUUGGUCUAAUAUAUUUAUUUUUUAUUCUGUCUUUUUCAGUUCCUAUUGCAUGAAAUUAAAAUGUCAACUAAUUAGAUAUUCAAAGGAUAUAAAAUGUAAAAUAUGCUUUUUUUCAAUUCAAAAUAUAUCAGCUUUAAGUAAGUAUAAUAAAAUAAAUGUUUUAUGUUAAAUUCUUUGAAGAUAUAUUUACAUUCAAGUAAUAAAUGUGCUAUUUUCACUAUGUGGUAACUUAAUGUGGUAUAGGUUAUUAUUAGGUGUUUGAUCUAACCAAUACAAAGUAUGUUAAAUUUAGUUUUUUUUCUUAUUUCUGGUAAUAAAUAAAUAUUUUUAAAUAUCUUAUUUAUUUAAUACAAUAUAAAGUAGAUAAUAUAUACAAUACAUACAAUGUAUAUUUAUUUUGAAAGUUAAAAAAUGUUAAGUUUACUAUGAUGAAAAUUUCAGGCUCCCUCAUCUGAGAGAACCCAAAAAUUAAUAGUGCAGACAAUUUACCUUUUAUUCUGAGUAAACUUUUUAUAAUCAAAAUAGCAUUGAUGCUGUAGUAAUAUAUUAAUUAUGAAAAUUGAUUGUAAUUUGUAUGAAACAAUUUGGUUUUAAUUUUUAUGAUUUACGAUUUAUUAACUGUGAUGAAAUGUCCAGGCUCCCUCAUCUGAGAGAACCCAAAAAUUAAAAAUGCAGAAUUUACCAAUUUCUGAGUUAAGUUAUUUUUUUUUUUUAUGACCAAGGUUUUGGCAAGUUUUAAAUUUUUUAAAUUAUGAAAGGAUCUGGAAAAAACCACUAGUCUGCAUUUUACUAUGGUGUUCAGGUGUGAUUUUUUUCUGGUAUUUGAUAUGUUUGUUACAUAACCACAUCAUAAUAUUAUUGAAUCAAAAUGAUUAACCAGAAAUAAGUAAACAUUAUUUUAUAUUUUUCUAGUUAAAGUUCUAAAUUUGAGAAAACUAUUUAUCUUCUUACAUGAUGAUCUAAACAGGCUCCCUCUUCUGAGUUAAUCUGUUAAAAGAUUCACUGUAGAAAACUGCUGUAAUGUCUGAUGUCUAAUUUUUAAAGACCUUCCUAUGAUACAUUCAUGUUUAUCUAUUAUUUGUGUUUUAUAUUUUAGGUGUGGCUUAAUGCAUUUUCAAUUUAUUUAAUUUAUUAAUUAUCUAUAUACUAUUUAAGAUUUAAUUUAUGUUUGAUUCAUUUUAUAUAUCUAUAGUAGAUAAUUCCUUUCAUUAAUUUAAAAAAAAAGAUUAUUUUCUAGAGGGUUAAAAACUACUGGUUCUUUAGUUUGUGCCAAAUUAUCAAGAUAUUUUCUCUUAUACAAGAUAUUCACUUUUUAGAGUGUUAGUUUGAUGGAUGUUAAAUUAACCAACCAUUCUAUUAUUUAUCUGUGCUAUCCAUAUGAAGUGUUUGUAAACUGUUUUAAUAUUUUUAUUUUUUUGCUGAUUAUCAAAAGAAAAGAGCUGAUAUUAGAGACAGGUAUACCACUGUUGGGGGGAAGUUAGAAAUGUAGGUUACUUAAUAAAUUAAAUAUAUAAGUAAAGGGUAGACUAUUGCUAGUGAAAAAAUGAUUCUGUGUAAAGUUUGAUUGAACAUUUUUUGAAAGGCCAUGUAAUAUAUUUAUGAUUUUCAUCAAAAUUUAAUUUAAAACUUAUGAAAAACGAAAACUACAUUACAAACAAUUUGUUUUUUUUUUACCACCAAGUUUGACUUAUAACUUAUUAUAAUGAACCUCCUGUUCAUUUUUCAAGCAUUUAUGUUUGGUUUAAUAAUUUAUUCACAAAGUACCUAUCUAUCAAAUAAAAAUUGCAUAAAAGACAUGCAAAAUUAAAAUGUCAAAAUUUUACAUGUUUAAUAAGAGUAAACGUAAGUUUUUUUAUCAAAAUUUCAAGUUUUGAAUAUUUUUAAUUAAAUAACAUAAUUAAAAAUAAUCCUUAUUUUCAUGAAUUUCGGUUUUGCAUUUUUUUUUUUUUAAUUUUGCUCAAUUAUUAAACAAAAACACUUUUACUCACUUACUAGAUUAAAAUGCAACAAAAAAAAAAGUCAAUUUCUAUUGAAGCAAUAUUUCUGGUAGAAAACAUAGUUUGCAAAAAUUAAAAAAUAUGAAAUCAUGGAUUUACAAAAUAACUUGAUUUUUUUUUUUUAUUAUAUGAAUUUCUUAAUAUUAAAAUUUAACCGAAUAAUAUUUAAAUUAUAUUGCCAUGAUGUAAUAGUUAAAAAAAAUAUAUUUAUUUAUAAUGUAUAGGUACACUAGAAAAUGAUAAUAUUUUUUAAAUAGUCUUAUUUUCAUUCUACUACUCAGCUUCAUAUUUACCUCUAUUUUCUUUUAAAUGUUAUUGCCAAAUUAUUUUGCUGAUAUAAUACAUUAUAAGUUAUUAAUUGAUGUAUUAGAUAUUUAUUUUAAUAAUGAGUGAACCUAUUUUUUUAUAAUAGAAAUAUUUUGGUAAUUAAAUAAAUAAUAUAGGUUAAAUAUGUUUUAUAAUAUAAUUUAUCCACUCCCCAGCUUCCUACUUGUGUUAUGUAAGUGAGGACGUUUAGUGAGUGGAAAAAUAUCAUCCAAAUUACUAGUCUGAUGUGUAUGAAUAACGAUUAGCUACUGUAAUAUUUUGGGUACAUUUCAUGGUUAUGCCAUGAAUCAUGAUAAUGGUUAUAAAUUUAUUAAUUUGCAUUAUAUGUAAAUACUUAUGAAACUGGAAAAUACUAUGCCCUUCUAUAAUAAAUAAAUUAAACUCCUUUUUAUUUUAUAUUAAUUAUUUAUUUAGUAUUAACCAAGUUUAUUUUUGUAUUGUAAAUAUUCCAUUUGGUGUAGUUAAUUAAAUAUUGAAAUAAAACAAUAUCAAUAUAAAAGCUAAAAUGGAACAUCAAUGUCUGUUACUUUGAUUUAACACUAAAAUAUAGUGUUUGAAUUUAUACAAACAGAAUACAAUUUCUUAAUGUGUUUGGAAUAUCAGUUGUUCAUGAGUUUAGACAAUAACCGGAGGAAAAUGAGACAUACUUCCCAAUAUCGUGAUUUUAUUUUUUAAGAUCUCUGAAAUUGAUGUAUUAUUUUUGAAUAACUACAAUUUAUCUGUGUUUAUUUUGGACAUUAAAUUUUAAAUCAAAAAAAGGAAAUUAUAACAGACAAUUUAAUUCAAGAUAUAUGUAUGUCUUAAUUAUCCACCGCUUUAUUUAUCUAAAACAGUUCUAUACCCCUUUCCCUUAAAAAGAGAAACAUUGAAAAGCCUUAAUGGUAACAUUAAUAUCUAAAAAUAAUUUUUGGAAAUUUGAAAAACAGUUUCCAAUCUCCUUGAAAUAUUUGACUUUAUCAUAUUAUAUUAUAUGAUCAAGAUAUAUUUUAAAAACAGUUCUUUUUGUAUUUUAAAUUGAAUGGUUUACGAUGCAUGAAAAAUUAAAUUGUUGGUCAUUAUUUAGUUUUUUCUUAUUGAAUUAACUAGAGUCAGGCCAAUAACUAAUAACUAUUCAGUAUAAGAGCAUACCCAGUAGUGAAUAAAAACAAUUUAGAAUUAAGUAUAGUUACACAAGAAAUGUUAAUAAUAUAUUAUAACAAUAAUAGAGUAAACUUUGGUUAAUAAGAAUGAAAAAAUACCUAUAAAAUAAAAUAAUUUAUUUCUCUAGUUUAUAUGUAAAAUAUUAUAAUGUUUUCUAGAUAAACAUAUAGGUGUUUAAUUAGAUACCUUUCCAUAUAAGUCAAUAUAUAAUCUUAGGGGGUCCUAAAAGUAAUGUGACACAAUCCUAACCAGAUACUCAAUCCCAAAAUUUGUGUACAUUUUUUUUUUCAUUUUUCCCUCUGUCACCUACCAAUAUUUAGUUUAGUGUAAACCAUUUGGAGGUUUAUUUUUUAUUAAAAGUUUAACAUGAAUACAUGACAUUUAAGUGGUCAAAAACGUGGUCUUAGCAAGGUUCAGGCUUACACUUAAGAUACUAUCCUCCUUGCAGCACUAUCUAAUUGGUAAUUAUAGGAUAGGUAAUUACCAGCUUAUCUUCCCUUCCCAUAAGUGAGGGUUAGAGUGGACUGCAUGACAUCACUCAAGUCAGUAAGCAAAGCCAGCAACGUUUAAAAAAUUUUGUUUGUGUUUUAUUAUAAUCAUGAUUCUAUACAGCAAAUAUAAACAUAUAUAUAAUUUUUAUUUUAAAGUUUAUAUAAAGAUAGUAUUAUUGAUAAAUAGGUUUAUUACAAGUACUUAAUCAAAUUAUUUUGCUUUAUAGGUAAUGUGAUAUCUUCCAGCUCGUUUGCCAUUUGUGUGUUUUAUUAGUUAUCAAAAAAUGCAAUUAAAAAAAAAGUAUGUAAUAUUCUUUAUUUAAAUAUUAUAUAAUGUUUAUACAAUGUCCCACUAUUUCAGAUAAUUACAGUCCAUAAUUCAUUUCAAGAUAUUAUACUUUUCAUAUUUAAUUUGUUUAAACUGUUUGCUGGAAGCUGUAAAUUGUGUUAAAUUAACAUGAAGAGUUCAUAUUAUGUAUCUGAUGGCCAUGUUGGUAAGUCAACUAAACAAACAAAUGGUGUUCUUUCAUUCUGUCAACAUAAAUCUUACAAAUUAGAUGCAGAAUUCAUGGUUGUCAUUAAAAAUAAGUUUAAUAUUAAUAAAUCAACCAUAAAUUGUAUUUAUAUAAAUACUGAAAUGUUAUGCGAUAUACUUUUGUACGCUUGUUUCUAGUGAUCAACUCUUAAUGAAUACCAUUUGUAGUGUUUCAAUUCUUUCCAGGUUUAAAAAUCAUAUUUAAUUAUUUCACGAUCAAUUAUAAACUAAUCUUAAUUCAUAUUAUAUACUCUACAAACAAAAGAAUAACUCAUAAUAUUUCAAAACAAUCUUAACAUAUUACAGUUCACUACAAAUAGCUUAAGUUUCACUCAUUUAUAUUCAAUAUAUUAUAUCUUUUAUUAUUAUUUUAUUUUCAAAGGAAACUGUGAUAUUUUAUUUUAGCUAAAAUUAAAACAAAAUCAAUGUAGCCCUCAUCAGUUAAUAAAAUUAAGGAAUAGACUAGACAAUCCUUAAUUUUAAAAAAAUUAUCCUUAAGUAUUAUUUCUAAUUAAAUUUAAGUAAUUUACUUGUUAAGUCAUUGCAGUUAUUCAGAUUAACUGAUAAACUAUACUGGUAUUUUAAUUUGGUAAUUGAUAUUUACUGUCAAGUGAAAAUUAGAAGAAAAAAAAAUUGUUUCCAAAAAUCAUUUUUGACUGAUAAAAUUUUUUUAAAAAAAUCACAUUGCGGCCUUUAUUAAAUUAAUAAUUUUUAAGUGUAUAUUUUAAGGUAAUUAUAAGUACUUAGGUUAAUUAGUUACACGAUUGUUGAAGGAAAUGUUUGAAUUAGAGUCAACUUCACAGUAUUAACUUAAAGUUAACAUGAAGUUGCUGUAAGUGUAUAUAAAACUAUUUAUUAAAUAUAUUAAUAAGCUAGAGUAAUAUUUUAUUAUAAAAUAAUGAUAAGCUAAGUUCUAUUUAUGGUUAGUACAGAACUUUUUGAACUAGGUGAAGUGGAUAAUUUUUAGUAUAUUUUUAAGAUAGUAAAAUAAUUUUUUUUUUUGUGCAUCACAGCUUGUCAAGGAAACUUGUCUAUCUCCAAUCUUUUCUAUAUAUUGGAAAUCCUUAUGCUCUUAAUUAAUGAUCUUCACAUAACUUAGAUUUCUCAGUUACUAAACAUUUUGACCAUGAUAAUAAGACCAUUAGUUCAGUUUUAAAGUCAAACAAUAAAUUUUGUGAUUUUUUUUAGAGGAAAUUGAUUUAAUUUUAAAUUAUGGUGACUAGUAAUUGCUUCUAUAGUUCUGCAUUUUAUGGUGGCCCACUUCACUUGAUGUUUUUUAACUGUUUAAUUCUUAUUUUAAAAUUGCCCAAGUAACAAGUGUAUUAUUAUUGGUAAAUUAAUAUUUCAUAGGUGUAAUUUUAAAAUUCAUAUAAAAAAUUAACAACUUCUAAUACAAAGUAUUAAUCAAAAUUGGCUUAUAAAAUUAAUCUCAUUUUUGUCAAAAACAUUCUUUUGAUAUUGCAUGGAAAAAUCUACCAAUUGGUUGUUAGUAUAAUAAUAAACCAUUUUAAGAUAUUAUUGAAAAAAAUUAUAACUGACCACUACGCUUAAACAAGGUUUUUAGAUUCAUUAUUCUAUUAUCGUGGAUAAAUUCAAAAACACGAGGUUUACCGUGUUAAUUUAAGUAUUUCCCAUGAUUGAGAACAUUUCAAUUAAAAAGUACAUUGUUUCUUACUAUGUAUUUAAUUUCAUGCUUAGUAUUAUAUAUAAAUCUUGGCCCUAGUCGUUACUAUUUACUGUUUAGAAUGUAUGAUAUGUAAUAUUUUAUAAAAUUGUAUAAUAAAAGUUUCUAAUUAGAUGUUAAAUAUUAUUAUCGCAGUUUACAUUUGAAUUAUAUAAUUUUUCUAAUUUUAUUCAUUUAUUUUCAUAUUUCCAUAGACAUGUAACAAGUCAUAUUAUUCUAUAAUAAAAUGUUAAAAUUUGUCAUUAACUUAACAAAUAUAACAUUUGAUGUUUUCUUCAUAUUUUAAAUUGUAUUAUUAGUAUUAUUUGUAUUUUUUUUAGUUUUAAGUGAAAACUAAAAUUAGGGCCAAUGACCGGUGGAAUUAGAUAACAUGUUCAACAUUGUUAUUGAAGACAUUUUGACAUGUUGUAAGUGUAAAUACAUAUUAAGUUAAUAUUAAUUCAUUAAGUCAUUAAGUUGACUAAUUGCUGUGCUCUAAGAUGAAGGAUUAGAAAAUGAUUCAGUCUAUGCUUAACCAGCAGUUGAUUUCAUUGUAAGUGUAAAUAAAAUAUUUAUUUAAGUGACAGUCUUGUUAAGAAUACUUUUAGAAAAUGUUUAAUUACUUUUUCUCGAAAGUAUUCAAAUAUUAUCUAAAAGUAGUAAUAACAAAUACUUUUUUUAUAUACAUAUAUAUAUAUAUUUAUAAUAUACACAUCAAGUAAAAAUCUAAUUUAGUUCAAGAGAUUAACACCAUUGGUCAGGCAGCUGGGUAUACACAUGAAACAUAUUAUAUCAAAUAUGGGUUACAUUUGAUUAAUUAAACUAUUAUAGUCAGAAAUUGAUUGAUAUUUAUGUCCCUCUAUGUAAAUCCCUUGUUAAAGGUGUGGGGGAAAAAAGUAGAGGACUACUGACUAGUAAAACAAUAAUAAUAAUAAAAAAAAAAAAAAAAAAAAUGAAACAUCCUUAUGCCCAGAAUAAGUUCACCACCCCCACAGUACUCCUCCAUUUGUCGAGAAUAACCAAUUUACACUAGUAAGGUUGUAGAUGAAUGAUUGCUGUUAAGUUCAACAUAUUUACAGCUGACGUUCAUUUAAUUCCAAUACUAUCAAUGGCUUAUCAUGAUUUACAAUUAUAUCAAUAAUAAAAACAAAUUUUAUUUCUAAUAGUAAUAAUAAUAAUAAAAAUUUAAAAAAGAGAAUUUGUUAUUACUUAGCAAGACUGAUUUAUUAUUAAGGUGUGUCUAACUAUAAUUAAUACUGUCUAGGUAAAAUUACCUAGAGUAUGAAGUAAAUCACAAAUUGUUCUCAUUUGUCGUAAGUAUAGAUUUAUAUUGUACAUGUUUGAUGUACUGUUAAGAAAUUAGAAUGAAGAAUAUGCCUUUUAAUUAGAAAACAAAAUUCAUGAAUGGUUUUAACAUCUUAAUUUUGUUGUAAGUGUAUAUAGAUAUAGAUAAUAUAUUGUACAUGCUUGAUGUACUAGAUAGAAGUUAAGGAAGGCUAAAUCACAACAUUAGAAAACAAGAUUCAUGAACGGUUUUAACGUCUUAAUUUUGUUGUAAGUGUACAUAAAUUUAGAUACUAUAUUGUAUCUAUUCGCGUGUAGUAGAACUUCAUAAGACUAAAGCAAACAUUAGAAAACAAAAUUCAUGAACGAUUUUAACGUCUUAAUUUUGUUGUAAGUGUAUAUAAUAUAGUUUAUAUUCUUAUAUUAAGUCUUAAUUUUAACAUUAGUUAGAUAGUUAGAAAUUUAAAUACUUAAAUUUAUGAAGGAUGUCUGUAAAGAUGAAAUUAGUUUUAAGUAUUAUAUUUUUGGAUAUUUCUCCAAAAAUAUUAAAAAGUGACUGACUGAAUAUUGUCCUAGUAUCCUAUGGGCCUUGUUUUAAAAUAGCUGAUGAGGGUUACGAUGAUAAAAUAGUUAAUAAAUCUUUUAAAUUGCAUUUUUUUUUUUAGUUAUUUAACCAUAUAAUAUUUGUGAAAAUUUCUAUCUAUCUGUCGCAUGGCAAAAAAAAAUGCACUUAUUUGAAAAUACCGAUAAGCCAAAUAUGUUACCUUAUGUGGAAUACACCUUAACUUAUGUGGAAUUUUAAAAAUGAUUAAUACCAUAUAAUAUUUUAUAACUAAUGCCUGAUAUCUCCAACAAUAUGCUAAAUAGUUUGUAACAUGCGAUAGAUAGUAGAAAUCGUAUAAAACUUGCUUUUACUUUAGUCCUACUUACAUUUAUUUCAUCAAUUAUGGAUUGUAUCAGAUUCCCACAAUUAUAUAAUAAUAUUCUUUUAAAAAAUAAAAAAACGCCUUUGAUGUAAUAAAAUUUAAUUUUAUUGUAUAAUCCUAACAGUAAAUAAUUUACUUAUGUUCGAUUAGUUCAUAAUAUUUAUGAUAUCUUGUAUGUUAUUUAUUAUAUACAUAUACAGCUUUUAACCAGUAAAUUUACAAUUAUUAUGAAAUAUAUCUUUAUCAAAAGUCAGACAAUUGGCUUAAUUUUAUAUCAUUUAAUUUAACAAAAUAUAGUCGCUCUACGUUAAUACUGUAAUAGUUAAUAAAUUAAUUUAUUUGUCGCAUGUUUAUAAUGUAUCCUUGAAUAAAAUUUAUCUUGACUUCAUUAAUUGUUGUAAAAUUAGUUGUUCUUUUAAAAACUGCACUGUCCAAAAUUAUUUUACAAUUAUUUAAAUUGAUAUUUUGCACAAAACAAAAAUAUAUUUUUAUAUAAACAGAGUGGGAGAUUUAAAAACUGUUAGGAAUAAUAAUUUAUUUAUUCAAUAUACAUGACAAGCCCAUAACAAUACAAGUAGAUAAUAAGUAGACAGGUUACAGAUUGAAUGAGAGGAAUGAAUUGGAAGUGCGCAUAAGGUGAGAAAUGCAUAAUUGCGUAUUCUAGGAUAGGACGAACAAGAGUGCAGAAAAGGAUUUUGAGUGGGAAGAGAUGGUUCUGUUAACCGAUACCGAGCAGGUCCACAGAUUUGACAAGUAGCGAGUGGUUAACGCGAUCAAACGCCUUGGAAAAAUGUGUAUAGAUGAAGUCUACCUGGCUCCGGGCAUUAAAGGAUUCGAAUACAAAGGAAGUGAGGACAAGGUUGCAUGUAAUUGUAGAGCGACCGGGACGGAAUUCAUGUUGAUGGUUGAUUAUCAAUGAUAAUGUGAUUUAGAGAAGGACGUAUGGAGUUAUGUACUAAUGAUUUAAACAUUUUUGACAAAUGAGAAAGAACGGUUGUAAGUCGAUAAUUUGAGAUGGCCAGAUUUAUGAAUAGACUCUAGUUUAAGAAUAAAGGGGAAUUAAUGGAUUUUUUUUUUUUAAAUAAUAUAAUAAGAAGGUAAGCAAAAAGGAGUCUGAUAACAUGAAUAAAAAGUGAUCUUGGACUCCAUCCAAUUAUAUCUCUAUUUAUAUGCAAGAUAACACCUAUGUUAGAUACAGUGGUGUUGUUAAGAAAUUGUUGGACACUUUUGGGUAGAUAAAUUUCGUUUAUCAUCGAGUUUAUAAUCUAACACACUAGCUUCUUUCAAUACGUUUUUUGUUGAUAUGUAACUUGUGAUAUUCUGUCGACUGAUAAUUCGUGAAACAAUUUAACCAUGCAAUUGUAUUAUUAUAUUACGAAAUAUAAUAUAGUUCGUGAUAAUAUGUGUACAUCACGCGGAGAAUUCCAGUCACGGUCUGAGAUAUACAGGACUGGACACGACGUGGUUGGAGGGUGCGGGGAGGUUGACCACGAAAUGUUAUAGAACAAGGGGGUAUUUCCCUUUUAGCAUUAUUGGCGCAGUCUUUGUGGAUACUUACGGAACUAGAUCACAUUAUCACCAAUUCCCAAUGCUUUAAUAAAUAGUAAUUUUUCAUUGAUUUAAUAUUCAAAUUUCUAAUUACGAAUACAUAAGUUACAAUAAGUUAGUUAUAGUGGUUAAUACUUGUAAUUUAACUAAACUUUAUAGUUUUAACCAGCCACCAGGUACCUAGAACAGACC